UGCCACCUGUCAGUGCCCAUCAGUGCCACGUGCCAGUGCCCAUCAGUGCCACAUCAAUGCCACCCAUCAGUGCCAGUCAGUGCCACAUAUCAAUGCCAAUCAGUGCCACCUAUCAUUGCUGCCAAUCAGUGCCAACUAUCAGUGCCAGUCAGUGUCGCCUAUCAGUGCCAGUUAGUGCCGCCUAUCAGUGCCAAUCAGUGUCGCCUAACAGUGCCAGUCAGUGCUGCCUAUCAGUGCCACCUAUCAGUGCCAUAUAUCAGUGUCAUGUAUCAGUGCUGCCUUUCAGUGCCCAUCAGUGAUGCCU